AUGGAGCGGCGAGGCCAUCUGGGCGAAUGUCAGCGCUCUCCACCGUCUGCGCCUUCGUCUACCCUUCUGCCAGGCUCCGCGCCUGAGGCUAAAAUGCUUAGUUGUGUAGACCUAGAACGCGCGGGGAGCGACGUGACUGUCGCACCCGGUCCUGCUGGCUCAGACAGUGUGACUUCACCGUAUGCAGACCCUUUCCGAGAUCGGUUUGCGGUGGGGCGGGGCUCUGUAUUAGAGCACGAGCGAUGUUUGAGACGGAGAAGAUCGGACUCUACAGCUGACGACACGGCCAUGCCGGAAAUCUGUGUCGACAAACACAGACCCUCGCCGAAACUGACGGCCGCGUCCACUCUGCCUCGAAACGCAGAGGACCUUCAUCACGGAUACCACGAUGUGGAGGCCGCUGGUGAGCCCUAUGGAGAGAUGAACAACGCGUCAGAAGAUCGGUCUUCGAACUCGCAGUUCAGACUCCGUUGCGGCCGCCAAGCUUGGGAGACUCGCCCCAACUCUGCUGCAUUCGUGACUGCGCUGAGAGCGCUUCCGUGGGCCUCUGCAUUGGUGCAUGCGCCGCCGGUCGAGCACGCCCCGAUCCAGCCGUCGCCUGGAGGCGGGGUGCCAGACGCCGGAGCGAACCGCUGUUUGCACAUUGAUGACACUGGAGCAACGGAUAACGACUCCAUUCGGCCUCCGUCGCUUGCCACCAUUGCACUGUCUCCGUCGUCGUCGGGAUCUCGGUCUCCGCAUCCGGACAGCAUUGAGGGUGCAGACUUUCGAUUAAGGGAAGUAGGCACCGGAGGCGACUCGUCCCCAGCUUCCUCUCUGGAGUCGAUGUCGUCGCCAAGCUGCGUGUGCCACUCCACGGGCUCCGAUACCUUUGUUUCCGCGCGCUCAGACGAAACCCCUCGCUUCCUUGCUCUAGUGGCUGUCCACGGGAAGCCGAGGCCUACAAACUCGAACUGUCGGCUUCCACCUGCACAGGCGUCUGAAUCCUGCGCAGGAAGUGGCUGGCGUGAAGAAAAUAGGAAGUCCUCAGCUAUCCGCGGCAGCGGGCGGCUUUCCGAGGUAACUGCCAACCAAAGGAAGACUCGGUCUGGGCAGAACAGUGGACAGAGGAAUCAAGGAGCAAGGAAGAGUUUAAUUUUGUCAGAAAACCUCGAGGGCGGAUUGCCUGCGAGGGUACCCAACCGAGUGGACGAAAGCGAUCUCGAGCUGGCCGUCGCAUCACCGGUCUCGUCUGUGUUCCACCAGAGCGACUCCCGUGGUAAGAGAUGUUGCAGCAAAGAGAACGAGGACUCCAGAGGGCCUCAGACAUGCUUCCGUUGCAUCGGGAGCUCGAAGAAAUUGCAUGUGAGACAACACAGAAACGGCGAGUCGGCAGGUGACGCUGGACAUGCAGAGAAUCCCCAAGAAGCUGAGUGGCGGGACUCAAGGACGGUCACGACACCCUCGAAAGAUGCACAGCUUUCCGGCGUGAACGCGCUCCACACUGUCCCGCGCAUGCACCGGAAAAAAGGCGCCAAAGAGCUGCCCGAACCUUCCAGUCCCUUGGAGACUUGCCGAGACCGCGAAGCCGAGAAGGUCGCGUUCUGCCUGUCCGGCGCCGACCAGGGCCGCCAGCUGGGGGGCGACCCUCCAGGGCCCAUUCGACGUUAUGUCUCGCGCUUUCUCGAGAUGUGGGGCGGCGACGACUGGGGUUCGACGUACUAUGACUCGUUUUCGGGAAGCAGAGGCGACAUCGACGCGGUUGCACACUGCUUCGAAGGAUCCGUGGCGGCGGACCAUCAGUGGAACGCCGCGCGCAGACACACGAGAAGCCGGUCGCCUGCAGGCUGUGGAAGACACAGGUCCUCUUCCGCGGAUGGCUGCCUCGUGGUCGCCGCCCACGAGGCAGGAGCGUCGCCCCGUCGAGGUGUCUUCGAAGGCCGCCACACACAUUCCCAAACAUUCAGUCUUGUCAAACCCGCUUCGUUUCAGUGGGCAACGACCCAACCGUUGGAACAGGAGUGUGCGUCGGAGGCAGUGGAUUGCGGCGGGGGGGACGCGAAAGCGACGGCGAAUGAGGAGCCAGUGGACCAAAACCACUUACGCAGGAAAGUGAUGCUUCUCGCGGAAAGGAACCGAGAAGAUUUGCGAUGCGGGUGGAGACACGGAGCAGAAAGCGCAGGUGGGCAUACUGGAGACGGAGACGCCGCUCUCGCAUUGCCGACGCAAACCAAGAGUCGACACGGGCGCGGCCGGGCUUCCGUGUGGAGUUCGCGAGGAUCAUCGCCUCUUGCCUUCGAAUAUCGAACUGAGGAAGAAGCGUAUCGCCAAUACCUCAACCGACUUUUUCCGUUCCGUCUCAUGGUUGUAGGAAUGGUUCUGCUGCUCGUCGAAAUCCUGCAAAUCUCCUGGCGACUUGUUCAAAGAAGCUUCCUCGUCGAUAGCCAGGGACAGUACUCGUACUACGGACUUGUCAACUUUGACCUCAUCUUCGUCGUUAUCGCCGUUUGCCUAGUGAUUCACAUCAUCGUCUACAGCUUGCUGGCAGCGGGGGGCCGCAUUCCGGGUGUGAAGAAUCGUCUCGAGAGUUGGUCGUUUACGAUGAUUGUACUAGCACUCUUGGCGCGCAUCUGCGGGAUGGUCUGCGUGGCCUUCAUGAGCGAAGGAAUUGGAGACGCAGACGCCGUGGUAGCUGGAGACGGUGAAGAGAGACCAGUCGCGUUUACUUCCGCGCCGCGAGCGCUUUCCUCGGAGCUUGUUCUGCUAUCGCUCUGUUGUCUCUUCCACGUCAUCGUCAUCGAUAUGAUGCUGCCUGUUAGGACACUACCGUCGAUGGCUAUGCAUACGGUCCACAUCCUCGGGUGUAUCGGCUGCUGCGUGCUCUCCGUCUGUCUCUACCCUCAGUGUAUUUCGUCAGAUGGGCCAAUCUGUGCGGUGAGCACAUGCCUUUUCAUCGUCUGCGGCUUCUUGGGGCGCGCUCAGAUGGAGGUUGCUCAUCGGCAACUCUACAUGAGAUGGAAGGAUGGCUUGGAACGGUUACGAGCAGCGGAACAGAAGCUGCACUCGCACCGGACCUCGAAAACAGGCAUCGAGCAGUUAGCAAUGCUUGUGCGUCAAUCGCAAGUCCUUCUGCGUCACGCAUGCGUCAGCGGCUCCAGUCGACAAAGCAAGCAGCUGGCUCUCGAGCAAGUGGCUGACAUUCAAGGACAAGUGCUGGACAUUGUGACGAACGUCAACAACCUGUAUCACGCCCAAAUGAACACGGAGGAAAUGAGUGAGCUUCUUCGGUUUCUCCCCGAGGGCCAGGACGACGCUCAGCGGUCGCUGCUGCGCGACUGGCGAGGGCGUAGCGCGUCCUUCAGCGGCUGCGGGCCGGUGGGAAGGGACUCGGAGCAGAAUGCAUGCACUCUGAAUUCGUCGAUUCUGCAGUCGACAUGUUCUACGCUGUGUCUGGGGAACGUGGCACCGCGGAAUGUGACGGUCGAUGCACCUCUGACAGCCUCCACGCAUGCGCUUCCAAGCAGUCGGUACCACGAUGCUGCGGCAGGCCAUUCAUGCGUCACAGCGCCGGAGGGAGGCGUGCUCGGAGAAGGUUUUGGAAAAACUUCGAAAGACGUUUCUCCCCGUCACGCGGAGAGUACCUCAGGCGACCUGGCGGUGACGAGCAAUGUGAAACACGAUUUGCGAGAAAAAUCCGAGUGUGACGCUACUCGAACUCUACGCCAGGAUCCCAUGAUCGACCUGCCCGAUCACAUGAAGGCCGCCAUUGGAGUUGCCUGGGAUCUGGACUUCUUUGAGCUCAACGAACGCGUGAACAACAACGCCCUCUUGGUGACUGGCCAAGUUCAGCUUCUCCCGCUGCUGCGGCCAGAAGGUCUUCGGUGUAGCCCGCAGGUCGUGCGGUGUUAUCUCAGGUGUCUUCAGCAACAGUACUGCCCCAGUAAUCCUUACCACAAUCAACUGCAUGCAGCUAUGGUUUCUCAUUGCUGCUUGAUCAUUGUAAACGAAGUUCUGCCCUCCAAACAAGCUCUGACGUACGUCGACGAACUGUGUCUGAUCAUUGCAUCUGUGGCGCACGACGUGGGCCAUCCGGGUUUGAACAACCAGUAUCUCAUUAGUUCACAGUCCCUGCUCGCGACGACUUACAACGACAUUGCUGUCCUGGAGAACUACCACGCUGCCUGCUGUUUCCGAACGGCGGGCAUCAACGAAGACCACAACAUCUUCAGCGGCCUCGCGAAGGAAGUCUACCAGUACAUGCGCCAAAACAUCAUUGGCCUUAUUCUCUCCACGGAUAUGAGCAAACACAUAUCCUACGUCAGCCGGCUAAGGGUACGCGCGGAAUCCGGAAACUUCGACGUGAACAACGAAGGCGACCGGUGGUUGCUUUUCCAAGGGUGCAUCAAGGCAGCCGAUCUUGCGCAUACUGCAACUUUUUGGGAUAACCACAAACGCUGGGCCGAGUGUCUCUGCGAAGAGUUUUUCAAGCAGGGUGACGAAGAACGUCGGCAGGGAAUGAACGUGAUGGAUAUUUUUGACCGUCGACAGAAAGAUCGGUUCCCUCAGUCCCAGUACCGCUUCAUCGAGUUGGUGGUGGAACCGCUCUUCAACAGCGUGUGCAGUAUCGAAGAUUUGCUGAAGGGGCGCGGGGGCGUGCGUGGGAAGAUUUGUAAAACGCUGUCGUCGAACCUCGCCCGGUGGAAGGAGGCGGCUGAGGCGUUGGAAAAGCCGGCGGCCGGGAAUUCGCCAAAAUCCUCUGAAGCAAAGACGACCGAGGAGGGCGGCGAGACCCGGAAAGCGGGUGGCGCGGAAAGCGCCGAAAAGAAAGAGUCUGAAGCAGGCGCAUGCACUCCAAAGUCCGCUGGGGCCGUCGGCUCGAAGACAGGCGACCGCAGACGAAGCAGGAUUGCGGGGGCGGAUGCUAGCGGGAAGGAGGCGGAGAGCCAGGGGAAGCGUCGCGACGAGAAGAAGCCCGAGAAGAGCAAGACAUGA